GAUCAGUUAAAACUAAUUAAGGUUCAAAUUGUCUAGAUCGGACAUACUCCAAAUUUGAAAGAAGUGUGCAACCAGAAAAUCAUGUCUCUGGAUGAAGAAGGGAAGUUUUAUGGAGAUGCGAAAAAGUAUUGGGAAGGCAUUACUCCCACAGUAGAUGGAAUGUUGGGAGGUUUUGCGAAAAUUUCACCCACAGAUAUCAAUGGAUCACAUGCAUUUCUCCGUCCCUUUCUGAUGGUUGGAGGAGGUAAAACAGAGACCACUCGAGCUUUAGAUUGCGGUGCUGGGAUUGGAAGGAUAACCAAAAGGCUCCUCCUGCCGAUAUUCAAAACAGUGGACAUGGUAGAACUGAAUCAGAAAUUUCUGGAUGAAGCAAGAUCUUUUAUUGGAGAGGAAUCAUCUCGUGUUGACAAACUUUUUUGUUCAGGUUUACAGGACUUUACUCCUGGGACUGGUACAUAUGAUGUGAUAUGGACUCAGUGGGUGCUAGGCCACCUCACAGAUGACCAUUUGCUCAAAUUUCUACAGCGAUGUCAGUCAGGAUUGACCUCUAAUGGAAUCAUUAUCUUAAAGGAAAAUGUUGCACAAGAAAGGGAUUUUGAUGAGCUAGACAGCAGCUAUACAAGAACACGGGAAGAGUUGGACAAAGUGAUUUCCCAGUCAGGACUUAAGAUUCUCAAGUGUGAAAAACAGAAAGGCUUCCCCAAAGGAUUGUAUGAUGUGUACAUGUAUGCAUUGCAAUAAAGAAUUUUAACUCUU